UUGCGCGCCCCCCUGCACGUAUGCGCUCGCGGUCGUGCAUGUGUGUGUAUGCGUGCAACAUGGCGAAAAACUGCAAUACCGUGACUGAUGGGUGAUCGAGUUACGGCGAGUUUGCUCGUUGCUCGGCGGCAACCUUGUCGCCCUCCGCCUCCUGAAUGACCUCGAGGUAUCGUUCUCGAGGCCUCUUUGGGGGCAGACCAUCUCCAUCAAAGUGGAUACUUACGAGAUAAGGGAAAUAACAACUCAUACGUGCUAGUUUGCACGUAAGUAGCGAGCGCGCCGCAAAAUGUCUACGAGAUCGCAGCUAACCAAGGAUUUAAACGAGUCCGUAAAGUCAUUAUUAGGAAAGCAUGUGAAAAUAUUAUUGAAAAAUGUUGUUAAACUAGAAACAAAACCAGAUAAGCUUGAAAAUAGAGUUUUAGUAUUUUCACCAUGUCGGCUCUUCCUUUUAACAGCAAAAGUGCCUACAAGGAUUGAUUGUCAUUUUCAUUAUUUGGAAAUAUCAUCAGUCGAAUCCAAAAGAGCCAAUCAACUAUCAUUAACAGUUGGCGAAAGAAUAUACAACUUUGUUACUAUGGGUUUAGGAAGUGUGGACACAUCAGAGGUAGAUGCAAUGAUUGAAGCACUUCACACAGCUAUUCGAAACAUAUUUCCUACAGUACCUUUAAAUUACGUAAUCAGAAAAAUCGACGUAAUACCUGUAAGCAGAUUACAAAGCAUACGAGGUAGCGAUUUAGCAAGAAGUACAGAAGCAACUCGACAUACAGGUCCUUGUGGUGGCUUUUCUACUCAAUAUGCUUGCAUGUGUGAUUUGCAUAAUGUACCUUACAGAGAAGAAGUUGCCUGGGAUGUUGAUACAAUAUAUUUGUCACAUGAUACCAGAGAAUUAGAUCUAAGAGAUUUUGAUCAUUUAGACCAAAAAGAUUUAGUACCAAUUAUAUCAGCUUUAGAGUAUAAUACAUGGUUUACAAAAUUAUGCAUCUCUCACCUUAAACUUAACCAUGAACCUUUGGAUAGACUAUUACAUGUAUUGAAAAGAUCUCUUUCAAUUCAAGAAAUUUACUUAGACAAUAUCGGAGUUAAAUGGGAUUUUGCACAUAAAUUGUCUUUAGCUUUAAUUGCUAAUACAAAUGCUGUGCUACAUACUAUAGACUUAUCCAGCAAUACUAUCGAAGAUAAGGGAGCUUCAAGCUUAUGUGGUGCAAUAGCUAAAUUAACACAAGGUACUCCUCACACAACUGGACCACUGGGAAAAUUACCAAAGGGUUUGCAAAAAUUGAACUUGGCACGAUGCGGUUUAACAGGAAAAGGCGUAGGUCAAAUAGCGCAUGCUUUAAGUUUAAAUCGAAUUAUGCCUACGAGUUUGCAAUAUUUAAACCUUGCUGAAAAUACCUUAAAAGAUGAUAUAAAUAAUUUGUGCAGUUUCUUAGCUCAGCCUAAUGGAAUUACUCAUUUAGAUCUAAGUGGCACUGAAACAACAUUAGAAUGCCUUUUUGGUGCUUUAUUACGGGGUUGCGCAACGAAUCUAGUCCACUUAAACGUCGCUCGCAACUCAUUCUCAAGCAAAAAAACCAAAGAAAUUCCUCCAAGUUUCAAACAAUUUUUUACAGCCUCCAAGUACUUAAACAUCUCGUUCUGUAAGCUCCCCCUUGAGGCACUUAAACAUCUAUUACUAGGUUUGGCUUGCAAUGAAAGUACAGUGGGCUUGGAACUUGAUAUGAGUGGCAAUAAUCUUGGCUCAAUGGGUGCUCAUGUACUCGAAUCCUGUAUCCAUGGUGUUAGAUGCAUCGCUUCUCUUGAUAUCUCUGACAGUAACAUGGACGUUGAUUUAGCACAAGUAAUCACUGCUAUUGGAAAAAAUAAAUCUAUUAAACAAGUGUAUAUGGGUCGAAAUACUCUUGGUAUGAAGAGCAAACAUAUAGCCGUUGUAAUGGACUCCCUUGUACAAAUGCUCCAGGAAGAAGACUGUGUAUUGCAGGCAUUACAUCUACCUGAUUCUCGACUUAAAGCUGAUCUGUAUAAUCUCAUUAACGCCCUCGGCAGCAACGCCUGUUUACGUACACUAGACAUCUGUGGCAAUCAAAUUGGUGACCCAGGCGCUAGACUGCUUGCCAAAGCCCUGCAAAUCAACAAUCAUUUAAAAACUAUUGUAUACGAUAGAAAUAAUAUUAGUUUACAAGGUUAUGCUGACAUUGUUCAUGCAUUAGAAAGAAAUUACAGCGUUAGGCAUAUGCCAUGUCCAAUUCAUGACCUACAACCAUGCAUGAAAGCUUCCGCAGAGAAAACCGAGCAACUAACAAAAAAGAUUCAAGAUUUGCUACAACGUAAUGUUGCGCCAUGUCGAAAUAGUCACGGGCAAGCAUUCCGACUUCAACAGGGUUUUCUACUCAGCUCCACUCAACACAUGGUUGACCGUCUUGUCGUACAAACACAGGAUACAAUCAAAGCAAUUGCUGCUGAAAUCUGUAAUGCUAAUAAUGAUAUCAAUUAUGCAACGGGAUUGAUUCGAGACGCGGAUAAUUCAAAACAGUUACUACCACGGCUGCACGAGGUGCUACAGAGACGAGACGAGAAUAAUCCUGUGGAAACUAAGCUUGCAGAAACAGCAAAUCAAAUUCAUAAAGUUGUGUCUACCUAUCUACAGGAUUCCUUAGAUACAAUGCUUAAAUGUGCUAGUGAACAAUGCCCUACAAUUCUGGAACAAACUGUUGUUAAUAGAGAUGAUGAUUAUGAUGAUAACGAAUCGCUAACUUUAGAAAAACACCUUCGAAAUUCCUGUAAAGAAAAAAAUAAAUUGACAUUAGAUUUUAUACACAGUACUAUUACUGAACAAGCUGGAGCAGACAUCAUAAAUAGAGUAAACGAGCUGAAUCUCGUUGUCGCCGCGCAUAUCUCGGAUCGCAUCACGGACCAAGUAAUCGAGUCCCUUUCUACGAGCUACAAGUCGCUUAUAGGCGAGUGUGAGAUCCGUACCCGUAGUAGUACACCAGACGUUCUGCGCCCGAGCGCCGGCUCAACGAGCAGCACUGGUGGUAGUGUAAUAGGUGUGGGGACGGGCGACAUGUCACUCAGUCUUUCCACGGGGACACCAGUCGUUGAGCGAAUAAGCCUCGCAAUGGACGAGGAGGACGACCGGCAUUCCGACGAGCGCUCCCUCCUUAUCGCCGGGGACAGCGAUAAUCGCGCCCUACUGGGCAAAGCUAUGGUACGACUCUCAGCCGAAGAUGAAUCGCCGCUGUUGGAGUACUUGAAUCUUGCAACGCCGCAUUUGUCGAACAAACGAAAGAGUUUGCAUGGAAGAAAGCUACGACCUAAAUCUGUCGUGGAUUCUGUUGAAGGCUUAUCCGCCGAUGACAUUCCAGAUCUUUUGCCGUCGUCCUCGUCUUCCUUACCAAAAGGCCAACAAGGUCAAGAAGGAACAUCCGAGAACGAGCAUUCCCUGACCGAAUCACUAGACUCUGUCUCAGAACUACCAUCGAAUGCGGGCGUAGGUCAGCAACUACAACAUUUAGUAAAAUCGAGACCGCGACGAACAAAAACGCGAGCUCCAACGAGACCGAUGCUACGACCCGAUCAAUCACAUUCCAACGACGGUAUAGCUCUUGGCGAGGGUCUUGAUGUUUUUUUUAGACCUACUACACCGACAACACCAAUUGUUGGCUCACCAACAAGUGAUGACAGCUCACUGAACACAUUCCCAACAAUGAUGACAACAGGUCUAGAUAGCGGCAGCCCAAGCUUAUCCACAGCUUAUCAGAAGGGUGAGUCCACAAUUAAAAAGAAUGCACCAAACACUCCGAUGCUCAAGAACCUCCAUACCGAGACAUCAUCGCGCUCGCGUUCCAGCGAUGACGUCGCCAAGUUUUCACCCCUCGUUGGACGAAGGUCGCAUGGAGACUCACCACUAACUGCCUCACCCCUCACACGUAGAAGUACGAUAGAGAGCACGAAAUGCAAUUCCGAAAAGAUCGGGCAAGAGGUCGCCAUCGCCGUUGCUAUAGUUGAUCAAGCGGGUAGGGAAGAACAACAUAUUAUAUUAAAAUAUCGGAGUGAGAUAUUUCCAUUUUUUAUAAUGCAAAUGAUAAUUGUAGGACAAGCGUCAAUGACAAUUACGGACAAUAGCAAAGAGCACCAAAUCGGUGAUUCAAGCGAGAGCACUGGUAAAAGCGUCAUAUCAUCGGUCCGAAGGUUCACCGCAGCCGGACACGGCCACACCAGUCCAACAAACGGAAAUAUCCCGAAGAAUUAUAUCUUAGAGACGGCAAAGUCGCCUGUGUUACGCUCUCUGACGACCAAGAACAAUCAACAGCAUGGUGACCGACGCUCACCACCAACCACUGCCCCGAAACCAAGACCUUGGAGUAUGGCAGCCGACAGAAAAUCCGGAGAAUUUAAUCAGCUGUUAAGCGAUGGGUCGAGUCCUAAUACAUCAGCGGGUAACACACCGGACUCGGGUGAUGCGCUGGACGAGUCGACCGAUAGCGGCAUCUGCGGCCCUGCUUCCCUGCCCCCGAGUCUCACAGCGAGCUGUAUCGUUGGGAGCUCCCUCGGGAACACUUGCGGCCUGGAGAAACGUUCGGUGCGUGAACUGGCAGCGAGCUUAUCGAAAGGUGGGAACAGCAGCGUGACCUCGAGCCAGUCCAAAAUCAAUAAAAAGGAAAACGAGCAUUCCACAGCAUGGAGAUCUGUUUUGCGACGGUAUGUUGAUCCUUCAUCAUCAACACAAUCAACCUCUCUCAAGGUACAGGAAACACAGAGAGAGACUGAGCCUAACCGCAGAUUGGCUUUCAAACUCCGACGCACCUCAUUCCUUCGUGAUUCGAAUUUCAAUUACGAUAACGACACAGUUGAUGUAUAGGGAAAAAGAAAGAAAAGUGUUUUUAAUAAUGAAUCGAUAAGAAUCAUUAUUCAA